UUCAUUUUAUUAAUUAGGAAGAAAGAGAGAGUAUCAAUAAAAGAAAUGACACUUUUAAAAAUCUAAAAAUGAUUAAAUUUGUUGUUACGCAAAUAUACAGAAAAAAAUCUCUUAUCCAACACACCGCUUGCUCCAUUUCGGGAGAGUCGGAGAGCCAACGCAAUACAAAAACAAAAUGAAACGCUCUCACCAAUCGUCGUCGUUGCGUGCCUGUAGUGGCGUACGCGCUUAUACGCAAGGGGAUGAAGUGGUGUGCUUUGUCUGUGAUUCUCCUCAACCACACCAUCACUUUCGCAUGCUUUCGAAAAGUUUCGAACCCAAGCAAAUGCGGCGACGACGAUGGUAAUUACGUUUUCUAUGUACAACUCCAAGAGUCCAAGUCCAAGUCUGAUCGCAUCCAACACACAGAGCCGCGCAUCAGGAAACUCUCACUCUCGCGGGCUCUCUCACGUCCCGUGUUCGACGGUGUGCGCGAGGGGCGAACCUUCACGACCGUCGUGCCGUGUCGUGUGGUGAGGCGUAGCAGUGUUCGCCGCUUCCACAAGUCCGUCCGUCGCUUUUAGUAUAUGUUUGUCCGUCAUGCGGUAGAGUUGCGAGUCGUGUUGUCGCGUCGUGGCCUCCACCAACCAACCAAACAACCAAAUCAAAUCAAUUCCGAAUCGUCUCGUACCGCACAAGUGAGUGAGGAUAAGUGUGUAAUAGAGAGCAACCAACAAACAAGUUGAAGGCAAAGAAAACUACUCGACUACGACGUCGACGCGCGCGGAGCCAUCAGCCAGCAGCAGCAGCAGGGCAGUAGUGUGUUGUUACAAAUUGUGGAACCGUGUCCCUUCCUCGCGGCAACGACCGAGAUUUUUGUUAUUGCGAAGGGAAAGAAUCGUGAUUUUUUUUUAAGUGCGUAACACAAUAACAAGCAGCGGGCGGCGAGGUGUGAAACAAUCGCGCCAGUGAGUGACCUCUGACCUCGUCGUCGUCGUCGUAUCGCACAGUCGAUGGUCCGCCGCGUGAGUGGUAUAACGAGACGUCGCGCGCGCGGGUGAAAGCGAAACAAUAGAGCCAGCGGGAGGAACGGGUGAGAGUUUGUUGACAACGUACAACGUACGCGACUCGCGUGAUACAUCAGUGCAAGGCCUAAACAGUGACGGAUUUCAACUAUUGUUUUUUUCGGGGGGUCGUGGGUGACGCCUGCAGAAGGAUAGCAGCUGUCGUCACAAAGUGAAGCGACCGAAGCGUGGGAGUGGUGGUGUGAAAGUUGGUGCAUCCUAGACCGGGAACUGCAGUGCAGCGGUCGCUCUAGGAUCCGCUAGAACCAAUACAGAAGAGGAAAAGGGAAAAGUGUUGGAACGAAGUUGUACAAACGAGAAACCAAGCGCUGAACGGCGACGGCACAAACAAGGAAGCGGAGUGGAAGACGACGACGAAGAAGAAGAGGAUAGAUUGAAUCGCCAGAAGUGCAUUCCGGUUGGAAAAUAGUGUGCCGUUUGUUGAGGUAGUGGAUGCAUGUGGUACAAUGACCUGCAUUUAGUGAGAAUUAUUCCACUCGGAGUGUGAGAGUGUGGGAUCGUCGGUGAUGGUGCAGGGUUGACAGAGAGCGUCUAGCCCGUCGUGUGAGAGAUACCUAGAUGGUUAAGUUUCAAGUUCAGUAGUUACAAGAUUGAAGAUUCUAUUGUGCAACUAUUUUGUACGAACGUUGUUGAUUAGCUGUGUCGGAACAGGAGGUGAAACAAAACGUGCACUCAGUAUCAGUCACAGCCCAGUAUGCGCGGAGUCUCCGGAUCGAUUCAGAGUGGAAGCGUCGCCGGAAGCAGCAUGCUGAAUCGGUCGGAGAAGGGCGUAGUCUACGUUGGAUCAGCUGAGCGACGGUGCAAUCUACAGCAACAGCAGCAGCAACAUCAGCCGUACUGGCUAGUGUGACUUGUGAACUACGCCGCGAGCGAUAGAGACGUGCAGUUCAGGAUUGAGGUGGAUUUAGUGAAUUGUUUCGGUGACCUGGAGUUACACGGUGAGGCCUUUGCGCGGAAGAGCUUACAGGGAUACAGUGCGUGUUACAUUGCCUAGAUAUAGAGUCUAUACUUUGUUGCCGAACCUUCAGAGUUCGUAGUUGAGUUUAUUGUGAGCGCGCGCGAGAGAGAAAGUGGUGGGAGUGUUGAGUUUUAUCUACGGGGCUAGGAAGACUACAGUGCAGCUAGAGCAAAAUGAUGAAAAGAAGAUGGUCCAACAAUGGUGGCUUCACGGCGCUCCGGAUGCUGGACGACAGCAGUUCGGAGGUGACGUCGUCUUCGGCCGCCCUCGGUAUGACCAUGUCGCCCAACUCGCUCGGGUCGCCCAACUACGAUGAACUGGAACUGUGGAGUUCGUACGAAGACAACGCCUACAACGGCCACUCGGUCCUAUCGAAUGGGAACAACAACCUGGGAGGUUGCGGAGCGGCCAACAACCUGCUGAUGAACGGCAUCGUCGGCAACAACAACCUCAACGGAAUGAUGAACAUGGCCGGCCAAGCGGUCCAAGCCAACGGGAACAACAUUCAGCACAUCGUCGGCAACCUGAUCAACGGCAUGAACCAGAACCAGACGCUGAUGGCGCCGCUGCCGUCGAUCAUCCACAAUACCCUCAUGAACACCCCGCGGAGCGAAUCCGUCAACUCCAUUUCGUCAGGUCGUGAGGAUCUAUCGCCUUCCAGCAGUCUCAAUGGCUACACACCGGACGGCAGCGACCCCAAGAAGCAGAAGAAGGGACCGACCCCGCGGCAACAGGAGGAACUGUGUCUGGUGUGCGGCGAUCGGGCGUCCGGUUAUCACUACAAUGCCCUCACCUGCGAGGGUUGUAAAGGUUUCUUCCGACGGAGCGUCACCAAGAAUGCGGUGUACUGCUGCAAGUUCGGCCACGCCUGCGAGAUGGACAUGUACAUGCGGCGGAAGUGCCAGGAGUGCCGGCUCAAGAAGUGCCUGGCCGUCGGGAUGCGGCCGGAGUGCGUCGUGCCGGAGAACCAGUGCGCCAUCAAGCGGAAGGAGAAGAAAGCCCAGAAGGAGAAGGACAAGGUGCAAACGAACGCCACCGUCAGUACAACGAACAGCACCUACCGGUCGGAGAUCCUGCCGAUCCUGAUGAAAUGUGAUCCACCGCCGCACCAAGCGAUACCUCUACUACCGGAAAAGCUCCUGCAGGAGAAUAGGCUAAGAAACAUACCUCUGCUGACGGCGAACCAGAUGGCCGUCAUCUACAAACUCAUCUGGUACCAGGACGGCUACGAGCAGCCCUCGGAGGAAGAUCUCAAAAGGAUAAUGAUCGGUUCACCCAACGAGGAGGAAGAUCAACAUGACGUGCACUUCCGGCACAUAACGGAAAUCACAAUCCUAACAGUACAACUAAUCGUGGAGUUCGCCAAGGGACUGCCAGCAUUUACCAAGAUUCCACAGGAGGACCAGAUCACGCUGCUGAAGGCCUGCUCGAGCGAGGUCAUGAUGCUGCGGAUGGCCCGCCGCUACGACGCUGCCACCGACUCCAUCCUGUUCGCGAACAACCGAUCGUACACGCGGGACUCCUACCGGAUGGCCGGCAUGGCGGACACGAUAGAGGACCUGCUGCACUUCUGCCGGCAGAUGUUCUCCCUCACGGUGGACAACGUCGAGUACGCCCUCCUGACGGCGAUCGUCAUCUUCUCGGACCGGCCCGGCCUGGAGCAGGCCGAGCUGGUCGAGCACAUCCAGAGCUACUACAUCGACACGCUGCGGAUCUACAUCCUGAAUAGGCAUGCGGGCGAUCCCAAGUGCAGUGUGAUAUUCGCCAAGCUGCUGUCGAUCCUGACCGAACUGCGGACGCUCGGCAACCAGAACUCGGAGAUGUGCUUCUCGCUCAAGCUGAAGAACCGCAAACUGCCACGGUUCCUGGAGGAGAUCUGGGACGUCCAGGACAUACCGCCCUCAAUGCAGGCCCAGAUGCACAGCCAUGGCACCCCCCAGUCCUCGUCCUCCAGCAGUAGCAGUAGCAGCAGUAGUAGUAGUAACGGUAGUAGUAAUGGUAAUAGUAAUAGUAACGGGCCGCAUCCGCAUCCGCACGGGCAGCAAUUAACGCCAAAUCAGCAGCAGCCGCCGCACCCACAGCAGCAGCAGCAGCAGCACAGUCAGUUACAGCAAGUUCACGCCAACGGCAGCGGAAGUGGUGGUGCCAGUAGCAACAAUAGCAGUAGUAGUGGGGGGCUCGGCGUCCCGGUUGGCCUCGGCGGCGGCGGCGGCGUCCUCGACCAGGUAUAGCUAGGAUAGGAUACGGUUUCCGGGCCGCCGGUUUCCAUUCCACUGCUGGCGGCCGCCAGCGAAACCCUGUCGCCGUCGUCACCGGCUUUCCCCGGAGCGGACGACCUUCUGUUCAUUGUCGAAGGCUAGAUCGGAACGGGGCGCGAGACGACAGAUGUUAA